AUGUUAACUUCAAUUCAAAGUAAUCCGAAUACUACACAACCUAAUGAAUUCAAUAUAGAUUCUAUUCCAUAUAGAACAUUUCAACAGUAUACUAUUCAAUCGAAUGAUUUAAACAAACCAACCUUAAAUCAUCAUCAUCAUCAUCAUCAUCAUCAUCCUCCUCCUCAUCAUCAUCCUCCUCCUCUUCAUCCUCCACUUAGUGAUAUUGAUAAUUGUACAUUAAAAUCUAAUUCAUAUUAUACAAAUCAUUCACUUGAUCUACAAUAUAAUAAUCAAUGUAUCGAUUUACAUAAGACCAUGCAGAAUGGAUAUAAUCGAAUGGAUUUUUAUAAGAAACAAUUAAGUACAAAUACUACUACUACUACUAACAAUACUACUCAUAAUACUACUACUAUUACAAAUACUACUAAUAAUAGCAAUAAUAAUGUUUCUAGUUCAUUACGGACACCUAAUUUGAUGACAUCAUCAUCAUCAUCAUCAUCAAUAAUACAUCGAAUGGAUCCUAAAUUAAUACAACAGAAUCGUAUCCAUUUAGAUCAUCUAAUCUAUCAAAUUAAAUUAUUAUUCAUAUGGAAUCUAUUCAUUACAGUGGUAUUAAUUAGUUUAGGAAUUAGUUUCUAUUAUCAUUAUUAUUAUCAAUUUUAUACAAGAUUACAAUUCAUUGAAAAUCAAUUAAUCAAUAAAUUGAAAUAUAUUGAUCAAAUCAAUAAUACUGAUAAUAAUCAUAAUCAUUUAGAUCCAAGUUUAUUAUUGAUUUCUGAUGAUGAAAUGGAUGGUGAUCAUAAGAAGGAUCGUAAUAAUAAUGAUAAUAAUAAUAAUGAUCUGUAUUCAGUAAAGAAAUCUGUUUUAUUGAAAAGUAUACAAAGUAAUAGAUUAUGGCCUUCAGUGAAU